AUGUGCUUCACUGACACUCUCCCUCAGCCCUCUGACAGUUCCGUAACGCACCCUGUUUCAUCCCCUCCGUCCACAACCACGGAUUCCCUCCCCAUCACUGCUGCGUCCUCCGUCCUCCGUCCUCGUCCCGGACCACCUUGCUGCGUCUUAGCCAUUUUCGACCACGUUUGCCGCUUUGCCAUUUUGCCCCCGCCCACCCCAGUUCUGCCCCGUUGGCGGGAGGGCCUGUCAAGACUCCUGAGUCGUCCGUCCAUCCGUCGUCCCGCCGCGUGUUCCGCCCUGGCGAUAUUGCAUACCGACGACCCCAACGGAAAAUUGCCCGACAAUACAUUAAUUGCACACCAGGAAUCAAGAUAACCCAAGCAGCCGACACCCUUGCCGAUCUUAGCUUCCCAACCGCUGCGUCACAUUGCCGUUGCUUGUCAUUGCUUGGCCGCUUCUUCGUCUUGUCAGCCCGUCUUUUAGAAGACACCCGACUCGCCCAGCAAGACCACGUCCACGACAUCGUCAUGCCCUCGCUCAGCCCUUGGCCAUGGUAUUUCCUCGCCCGUCGAGGAAAAAGACAGGUCAGUCAGUCAACGGAGGCUCUUGCGUCUGAUAUUCUCGUCCCCGUCCCCUGCCGCCUUCCUUAUUAUGUCGUCUCCCUGCCUCUCUGGCCAACGGUUACCCUCCAGUGCAGGGAGAAGAAACCUAUCUAUCCUAGUAUAUCCAAUCC